CAGUCAGCGCGGGGUGUUGGCGCUCGGGUCCGUUCUCACACACCCCCCCCACCCCCGCUCUGGGUGAAGGGGCUGCCGAGGGCUCGGGGUAGAGAGAGGGAGGACGAGGGGAGGCUUUGGUUGUGCAAAGAAAUCCCGGCUCGGUCGAUUAUCUCUCUGGAAAGCUGCUUUGGGAGGUGCUUUUGUAGCUGCUGUGAGUGGAAGUGUGGGCAGAAGCCUUGCAGCCCCCGGGGAGCCCGCUCUUGCUGUUACUCGCGUCCCGUUGUUGGAUGAAGCGGUGGGGCAGGGCCGGCCUUGCCAACAGGAGGUAGAUCCUCCUGCAUCUUUUGCCAGGCAGGCUGCUGAACCGAGGUGCCAAGUAUGUCCUGGCAGGGCUUGCUCCUUGCGUCAGGUAUUGGAUCCGCUGCCGUUCCGAGGGUAGUGAAACCCCACACUUGCUUUUCUCCAUGUGCUCAUGACUGGUUUUAUCAAACGUAGGGGGCCGUUUCCAUUGGGCAUGGACGAUAGGUGAAAUGUGCUUCGUUUGUUUAGUGAGAAUUCCAGCUUGUCCCUUUGUGCAGGGUCACUGGAGUUUCUGUGGACUUGUUAACCUCGCCUUCACCUCGGGUGAUUGAAAGAGGCAGGGCUGGAAAAAUCCCUCGGCGUUGCUUUGAAACACUUGAUACUCGGUAUCAACUAAAAGAUGAGGAUUGCUGGAAAACUGUCUGUCUUGUCAAAAUAUUUUGCAGCGCAGGAUGGAGGUACUUCUACCUGUGUAGCCUGUGGAUAAACUGUAAUGAAAGCGGUUGACGACUGAGCACAAGUUCUGUGAGAGCUGGGAAAAAGGUCAAGCUGCAUCCAGCUUAAGGUGUGAACAAAGGUGGCCCCUGGGCUGAGGCUUCUCAAAGGAAGGUUUGGUCUGGAGUUUGUUUUCAUGGCACAGGAGACCAGUAACUGAGGAUUUCCAGAUCAUUUCAAAAGGAGGACUGGAAUGGGCUGUGCCGAGGGGAACUGGAGCAGGGUCCAUAUCCUUUGAUGUCACCGUGACCAAAACUGGACCGUGUCAUCUUCAGGUGCAGUAGAUUCAUGAGCAAGUGAAGCAUUGCAGCCUGAUUUUGGGAAUGCGACGUCUCUGGAGGUGAUGGUGCAUGAUCCAUCCUCGACUCCUGAGAUUUCAGAUAUGGACUUUGAUGUUGAUGCUCUCUUCAAUGAAUCUCAGACAACUCCUUCGACAACAACAGCUAAAAAGAAGGACGUCCUGACGUGCUUCGUGGACAUCCUGAAGCACGUAGCUGAAUUUGACCCCACGGGGGAGACCCCCUUUCAGCUUUCAGCCAUCACGCCCCCCAUCAACGAGACCAAGGAAACUCUUUUGUCAAAACUCUGCGGGACGUCUGCUGAAAGUAUAGAAAACCUAGAAGACCUCCUAAUGACAUUUGAACCUACACCAUCUACAACACCUACACCACCAGCAGUCCUGACAGCCCAAACUGGCCCAGAUCUUUCUGUUUCAUGCGUUUAUACGUCUAUUCGGCUGAUGAAAGCGCUGAAAGAACUAGCUGAAAUACUUGAAACCGCGGCUACGAAAAAGAAAAACAAGGCUCUCGGGCUGGGAUUGCUUAAACCUUUAAAAGGGCGCAGUCAUUUGGGGUAAAAUCAUUUCAAUUGGAAUCCACAUGACUGGAUCUGUGAAUAAACAACCAUGAAAGCUGGAUCAAAUGCCUGAUUUAUGCCGGUGAAUCGGGAUGGAAGCCCCGGGGUGAAUGUGAGCUCUUCAUGGGGUUUGGCAGGACGAGAGCUUCCCGAGGCGAGAGGGCUGAAUGGAGCAAGAAAUCCAAAAUAAAGGAAAUUAAAAGAAUAGCACCCAACAGCUGUGAGCGGCUGCGAUUUAAACACCGCCCGGGGACAGCAUCACCAGGGUCCAGCCACAGACCUGGGGACAAAACUGGCUGUGACCGAAGAUGGGAGAGAAGGUUCCUGCACCAUGAGUGGGGCUGAGGACGCUGAGUGGCUGCGGUGGGUGAGGAAGCAGUUUGGGAGCAUCGCUGGGGAGGACAAAGAAAUCGACCUGGAAGAGUUCAAAACCGCUCUGCAAGUGAAGGAGUCCUUCUUCGCUGAGAGGUUCUUCUCCCUCUUCGACUCGGACGGGAGCGGGACCAUCAGUUUGGAGGAGCUGCUGGAAGCCCUGAGCCUGCUCGUACACGGGAGUGAGACGGACAAGCUGAGGUUCCUCUUCCAGGUUUAUGAUGUGGAUGGCAGCGGGUCCAUCGAGCCGGAGGAGCUGCGGGUGGUGCUGGGGUGGUGCCUGCGGGAGAGCUCCAUAGCCCUGCCCGAGGAGCGGCUGGGACACCUCACCUCCGCGCUCUUCGAGGCUGCUGACAAGGACCACAGCGGCUCCAUCACCUUCGAGGAGCUCCGGGAGGAGCUGGAGGCUUUCCCAGAGGUCAUGGAGAACUUGACCAUCAGUGCAGCGAGCUGGCUGAAGCCCCCAGCACCCACGGAGAGGAGCUGGCGGCCCCGCUGCCUGACCCGGACCUACUGGCACAACCACCGCAGCAAACUGGCCUUCCUGGGGGGCUACACCACCCUCAACAUCCUGCUCUUUGCCCUGGCUGCCUGGCGGCACGCUGGCCACGGCGGGUGGCUAGCAGUGGCCCGGGGCUGCGGGCAGUGCCUCAACUUCAACUGCUCCUUCCUCGCAGUGCUGAUGCUGCGGAGGUGCCUGACCUGGCUGAGGGCCACCCCCCUGGCUGAGGUUUUGCCUCUGGACCAGCACGUGGUGUUCCACCAGCUGGUGGGGUACGUGGUGCUGGCCCUGGCAGCUCUUCACACCGGUGCCCACGUCGCCAACUUCAGCAGGCUGGCACAGCAGGACGGGCACCCUGCCCUCACCCAGUACCUGCUGUCGGCACGGCCCGGCGUGGGGGGCCUGGGGGGCACGGCCUCGCAGACGGGGCUGGCCCUGCAGGGGCUGCUGCUCACCAUGAUCAUCUUCUCCAGCCCCUGCGUCCGACGGAGCGGCCACUUCGAGGUCUUCUACUGGACCCACCUUUCCUACAUCUCAGUCUGGAUCCUCCUCAUCCUCCACGGCCCCCACUUCUGGAAGUGGUUUGUGGUUCCUGGCUGCCUCUUUGUGCUGGAGAAGGUGGUGGGCUUGGCUUGGCGGCGCGCCGGGGGGCUGCGCAUCGUGGAGGUCAAUCUGCUCCCCUCCAAGGUCACUCACCUUGUGAUCGAGAGGCCGCAGUUUUUCCACUACAAGCCUGGAGACUACGUCUACCUGAACAUCCCGGCCAUCGCCGCCUACGAGUGGCACCCCUUCACCAUCAGCAGCGCUCCCGAGCAGCAAGAGACCCUCUGGCUGCACAUCAGGUCGCUGGGCCAGUGGACCACCAAGCUGUACGAGUACUUCCAGCAGCCCCAAUGGCCCAGCCCGGGGUCAAAACCGCUCGGCAGGAGACUGGGGGAGAAGACACCCCAGUGCUGGGCACAGGUCUCCACUGGGCUGAGCGAGACCCAUCGGCUCUGCAACAUCAAGUGCUACAUCGAUGGCCCCUACGGGACCCCGACACGGCGGAUCUUCACCUCGGAGCACGCCGUGCUCAUCGGCGCUGGCAUUGGCAUCACCCCCUUCGCCUCCAUUCUGCAGAGCAUCAUGUACAGGUACCGCCGACGGAGACAGAGCUGCCCCAGCUGCCACUACUCGUGGUGUGAGGACCUGCGGGAUGAGGAGAUGACACUCAGGAAGGUUGACUUCAUCUGGAUAAACCGGGACCAGAAGCACUUUGAGUGGUUCGUCAGCCUGUUAACGAAGCUGGAAAUGGAGCAGGCUGAGCAGGAGCCGGGAGGGCAGUUUUUGGAGAUGCACAUGUACAUGACAUCGGCCCUCAGCAAGAGUGACAUGAAGGCCAUCGGGCUGCAGAUGGCCCUGGACCUCCUGGCUGCCAAGGAGCAGAGGGACUCCAUCACGGGGCUACGCACCCGGACCCAGCCUGGCCGCCCCGACUGGAGCAAGGUGUUUGGGAAGGUGGCAGAGGAGAAGAAAGGGAAGGUCCAGGUCUUCUUCUGUGGCUCACCAGCACUUGCCAAAGUCAUCAGAGGGCACUGCGAGCGCUUCGGCUUCCGCUUCUUCAAAGAAAACUUCUAA